CCCUGUCCUUGCUCUGACAGCUCUGCUGCACCUCUGGGCUCGUUCCUGCUGGGCUGAGCUGCCGAGGAGGCACAGCCUCAAGGAGUUGCUAUGGGAGCUGCUCUGCUGGCCCAGCUCAAGGGGGAAGCGCAGGCAUCGUGUGCUGGAGCUGCCCUGGCUGCACCACCCAUCCCACCUGUGUCCCAGUGCCCCAGCAGGGCUGGUGGCAGGUAAGAUAAGCUGCUGAUGACCAUGGAGAGCUGGGAGCAAGGCUGGCUGGAUCAUCAUUUUGUUCUACAGCACUCAUUAGGGGGUGAUGAACUUUUGGAGGACGUGCCUGCACUGGGCCUGCAAGCGGAACCAUGCCCAGGUGGUGUCCUGCCUGCUGGAGGCUGGCGCAGACAAGCAGAUCCUCACUGCUAACGGAGAGCUGGCGGCACAGCUAACGUCGAAACCAGACAUCCGCAAGAUUUUGGGAGAGGAACAAACUGAAUGUCAAGAAGUGAAGGAUUUAAAUUUAUCCAUUGUUGCAAACUACUUGGCCAACCCAUUCCCUAACAUUUACACAGAAGAAAGCAAUCCAGGCAGCUUGGCAGAAUCCCAGAAUGAAAGUGCUCCCAUCUCUUCUGCUUCCCAGAGUGAAACUAGCCCUUGUCCAUCAGCAACUCAGGCUGAAAGCAUCUGCAUACCCACGUCAUGCAGCAGUGGCGAGACCUUCCCAGCAGCGGGUGCAGCAGCCAAGCCACCCCCAACGCCCACCGUGGCUGCAGCCUCAGCGUGUGCCAGCCCAGGGCUGCCCCACGGCCCUGGCUGUCCCCUGGCCACGGCCACCAGCCUGGGGCUCUGCUCCCCAGGAGCAUCCGGCCAGGCCUUGCCUCUGCAGCCUGACACCUCCCCCAGCAGCCCUGCACCCGCCUUCCAGCCCUUCUUCUUCACUGGAACAUUCCCGUAUAACAUGCAAGAACUUGUACUCAAGGUCAGAGUCCAGAACCUGAGAGACAAUGACUUCAUUGAGAUUGAACUGGACAGACAAGAACUGACCUAUCAAGAUCUGCUCAGAGUGAGCUGCUGUGAACUGGGUGUUAAUCCAGAGCAAGUAGAGAAGAUCAGAAAACUACCCAAUACACUUCUAAGAAAGGACAAGGAUGUUGCCAGACUCCAGGACUUCCAAGAGCUGGAGUUGGUCCUUAUGAGAAGUGACAACUCUCCCUUCUGGAACACUGCAGCUGCACUGAUGGAGCAGCCAUGCCACAAGAGCAGAGCAUCCAAGCUGACCUACUGACCCUGGGAGCUGCACCUGCAAUGCCAACACUGACAGUGACAUCUGCUGCCCUUUGGAAGGCAGCGACUUAAGCAUGUGUAAAACCUUAAGUUAUUAUUAGGGUUACUAUUUUAACUAAUAUUUUAUAUUUAAUAUCCUGUUUGCUUUUAUUCUUUUUACUUGAUACUGUAUUCAGGCAAGGGAUACCUCAUUUGUCCAGUAAAAUCACAGUUCCAGUGUGUAUCAAGAAAGUUUAUUGGUUGUAUCUGGCAGUGGGGGGGACAAAAGAGGCAAUUAUUGAUACAAAAACUUUGUUAAGUACACCCACUCUGACCAAGUAAGACUCAUGGAAGACACACACAUGGAUAGUUGUUCUCUAAAAGUGUGAUUGUGCAAGUCUUUAAUCUCUUGCCCCUCACAAACACUCACCAAGAUGGGUUGUCUAGAGAUAACUUACUGUUCAGAGGUGGCAGGAGAAAACCUUGUACUGGGCUGAAAAUAAUUGGAAUAAGCAUGUCAGUAUUUAAAUGUUUAUCUCCCCUGUGAAAAUAUUGUAUCUCCGCCAAAAAAUACAAAAGCCUCUCAUAAACGCUCCUAA